AAAUGUGAAAUUAAACGAGAUCCCGAUGUCCUAAAAAUCAUUUGUUGAGUCAGAUCUUGAGUAAAAUCACUUCCUAUGGCUGAUCGAAAAAGGCGACUUGAUGAUUUCGUCUAUGAUCCAACGGCCUUGCCUCCUAGAUGGAAAGACUGUCCCAGACGAGGCACCAUCAUCUGCGAUCUCUUCUUCCCUUUCAAAACUCCUCUGGACGAGAAGUUUGACGACAAGUUGGAACCCCACGAGUGUUUCCAUCCCCAUAUGGUACUAACGCAGCAAAACCGAAUUGGAUUGUGGAUUGAUUUGACGAAAACAAGUCGUUUCUACGAUUACAAGUUGAUUGAGAGCAGAGGCGUGCAAUAUCAAAAAAUCCAAUGCGACGGUCACAGCGAAGCCCCGAAUGACGAUAUUAUGUCUAAUUUUAUGGAACUGUGUCAUACUUUUUCUUGUAAUAAUCCAGGAUUGCGAAUUGCUGUUCAUUGCACACAUGGGUUCAAUCGAACUGGGUAUCUUAUCUGCGCUUAUCUCGUAAGAUGGAUGAAAAUGCCGCUCCUAGAUGCAAUUAAAUUGUUCGCCCAACAUAGGCCUCCGGGUAUUUACAAACAAGAUUACCUGGAAACUCUUUGCCUCAAAGCGGGCAUACCUUUACUCAUGUGUCCGUCGGCGCCUGAGAGACCGGAUUGGGACAACGGAGACGAAAACGGUUCAGAUCCGACAGUCGAGGCGUCGUCUUCUUCGGCCGAAGGCGCUUCUUCGGCUGGUGGAACGGCCUCAGAGGACUCUCAACCGCAGUUGCCGAAGAAGAGAGCGAGGAAGGAGGUGAAUAAGGACAAUGCGGUUUUCUGUCCGGAUCUGGAGGGGGGAGUGGAGCAGGUGACAGACAUGGAACUGGUCCAGAGUGUGAGGGACAAAGUACAAGAUAUGUGUAAUUGGACUUCUGGAGGCUUCCCAGGUCUGCAGCCUGUAUCUUUGGACAUGGAGAACUUGUUGACCAUGGCAGAUGACCACUUCCGAGUGAGUUGGAAGGCGGACGGACUGCGAUACAUGAUGCUCAUCAAUGGACCCCAAGAGACCUACUUCCUAGACAGGGACAACACAGUCUUCGUCGCCCCCCAGUUUGUAUUUCCCAACAGGAAGGCCCCCGAGAUGGACUUGUGUGACACUUUGCUGGACGGGGAGUUGGUCGUUGAUAGUCACGACGGCAAUAAAAUUCACAGAUUCCUGGCGUACGACAUAGUGCAGUUCAUGAACGAACAAGUGGGCAAAAUGAACUACGACAUCCGCCUUCUAUGUAUUGAGAAGGAAAUUGUGGUACCUCGGAACAAUCUGGAAUCCCGCGUGGACAAGUCAUCGGAACCCUUCAGCAUCAGAUGCAAACCAUUCUACGACAUCACGAAAGCUAGAAAACUGCUGGCAAGUGGGAGCAAAUUUAACAGCCAAGUGUCACACGAGUUAGACGGACUCAUGUUCCAAAAAUGGAACUCGCCUUAUGUCGGAGGAACAAACUUUGCUGUUUUGAAAUGGAAGCCGCCUCAUUUAAAUACAAUAGAUUUCAAAAUGAACGUUUGCGUUGCGAAGAAAGUUGGAUUUUUGGAUCAAUAUACGAUCGAAUUAUACGUUACAGGAUGUAAACAACCGGUUGGAUAUUUGAAGUUGAAAGACGAACCGAAAGAGGUCAAAAAUAAAAUAUCGAGUCUUCCUGAAGGUGCGAUUAUAGAAUGUGCUCCGCUUUCGUUCACAGAAACGAACGGAUAUCGAGCGAAAGAAUUGUGGAAGUUUUUGAGGCAUCGAACUGAUAAGAGCACGCCUAAUCACAUAAAAACUGCGAAGUCGGUGUUUAGAUCAAUUUUGAAGCCAGUUACUGAACAAAUUUUACUAAACUUCAUAGAUCAGAGAGCCAAAAAACCCUCUGCGAAGGUACCAGGCAAUAAUCAUGCUUAAAUUAUUUUGU